AUGUCCUCCAAAUUAGCCGAGACGCACGACAGCGAGAGAACACCAUCACCCUCGCCAGCACCCCCGAGCACACCGGCGACGCGACAAUAUGUGUCGAAGCUGGUGCCGCAAAGCCCCAAGGCUAUCCUGACGCUGCUCUUCCUCGUCGCUACUUUUCAGGCCGUCAUCAACGGCUAUUGUACGUCGAUGAUGAACGGGCUCAACAUCCUGCCCUCGUACACCGAAUACUUUACUCUGAACACGACCACGCUCUCGCUCAACACCGCCUCUGUAUGGAUCGGGGGCAUCGUGGCGGGCUUCUUCUCGGGCCAGUUCUGCGACUGGCAGGGCCGCAAGAGUACCAUGUUCUGGUCUGCCGUCCUUUGCAUCAUUGGCGCGGUCAUCCAGACCGCCGCUCAGAACAUUGGCAUGUUUGUGGCUGCCCGGAUCAUCAUCGGCCUGGCGUGCGGUUGGGCCGGCGUGGGUGCGUCGACAUACCUUGGUGAAACGGUGGCAGUCCAAUACCGCGCGUACGUGCUGGGCUACUUUUGGGACUGUUGGUUUGUCGGUUCGCUCAUCUCGGCUGGAAUCACCUAUGGAACCAAAGAUAUUCUCAACACGUGGGCGUGGCGGACUCCUUCGUUGAUCCAGGUCGUGCCGCCGUUGCUCGCCAUCAUCAUCCUGCCGUUCAUUCCCGAAUCUCCGAGGUGGCUGGUCUAUCAGAACCGGGUGGACGAGGCUCUUGAAGUGCUUGCCGUGGCCCACGCCUGGGGCGACAAGACGCACCCGGUGGUUGUCACCGAAUACCGCGAGAUCACACAGACCCUCCAGUUCGAGCAGAGCAUCAGCUCGACAUCGCUGCUCGAGACGAUCCGCACACCAGGGAACCGGAAACGCCUGCUGCUGUGCCUCAGCGUCGCAAUCUUCUCCAUGACCAUGGGCAACAACAUCGUAUCGUACUACCUGGGAACCAUGCUCGACGAAGCCGGUGUGACCGACUCCAACUCGCAAUUACAAGUCAACAUAGUCAUGUCCGUGUGGUCAUUGCUCUGUGCGCUGGCGGGGACGCUGUUCGUCGACAAGCUCGGUCGUCGCUGGAUGGUCAUCAUCUCCACCGCUACCAGCACCGUCUUUCUCUACCUGACGGGCGCGUUGUCCAAACUCUACGGCAACACCAACAACCAGUCUGGCGGUUACGCCGCGGUGGCCAUGAUGUUCCUGUUCAUGGGGUCGUAUUCGGCUGGCUGGACACCGCUCUCGUUCAUGUAUCCGGUCGAGGUGCUGAACUAUUCCACGAGAGCCAUGGGAAUGGCUAUGUAUACCUUCUGGGCCAACGGGAUGGGGCUGAUGAUUACCUUUGCUUUUCCCUAUUCAUUUGCAGCCAUUGGGUGGAAGACGUACAUGAUCAACGCCAGCUUCAACGUGCUGACACUGAUUUAUGUCAGUAUAUACUGGGUUGAGACUAGCGGAAGGAGCUUGGAGGAGGUCGAUGCCCUCAUGGAUGGAGAGAAGCACGCCGAUGUGCCGGACGUGUUGGACGUUUUGAAAGGAAAGGCGACUGUUUGA